AUGGAUGAUAUAGACCAAUCAGAAAUAUAUGAUCCUUCCGUAAAUUCAUUCAGUCAAGUUGGUUCUGUUAUUGAUCAUCCUCUGUUCUUGCAAAGUGAGAUACAAGGCUGCCUUGAUGUUGGUGACCCUAACUAUGAAUGUUCAAUUUGUGGCGCGUGUUUCUGGUUAUUAGAACGUGUUGAAAGAGAUUCUACAGUUAAUCAUCCUAUUUUUACUAUUUGUUGCUCAAAGGGAAAAAUUCAGUUACCUUAUCUCCAAAGGCUCCCGGAUCUGUUAUAUAAUUUGAUCAAUGGAGAUGAUAGCAAGAGUUUGUAUUUCCAAAAGAAUAUUCGAUCUUAUAACAGUAUGUUUGCCUUCACGUCUCUUGGCGGUAAGGUAUUGGAUUCAGUGAAUGAUGGAAGGGAUCCACCGCAGUUUAUAAUAAGUGGUCAAAAUUAUCAUCGGAUUGGAAGUUUGCUCCCAAAUGCUGGUGAGAAGCCUAAAUUUGCGCAAUUAUACAUAUACGACACUCAGCAUGAGAUAAUGCAUAGGCAGCGAAUCUUUGGGCAAAUAUCUGAGAUAGAUAAAGAAUUGAUAACUGAGUUGUUGCAAAUGAUCGAUACUCAUAAUGUCAUAGCACAGUCAUUUCGAAGAGUUAAAGAAUUCUAUCAGUGUCAUCCAUCUAAGAUUUUCUCAUUGAAGUUGUAUUCGCAACGGAACGUUGAUCGAAGAAUGUACAGUGCUCCCUCUUGCGAUGAAGUUGCUGCUUUAAUUGUUGGCGAUUUUGAUUCGUCGGACCAUGGUCGUGACAUUAUUGUUCGAUCUACUGCUGGUCGGUUGCAAUGUAUAUAUGAAACUCAUGCUCUGUAUUGGCCCUUACAGUAUCCUCUGUUGUUUCCAUAUGGUGAGGAUGGUUAUCAGUUGAACAUUGGUUAUCGAGGUCAACAGUCUGGAUAUGUUCCUGGAAGGAGAACGAGAGUUUCUCUCAGGGAAUUCAUAUGUUUUCAUCUGCAGAUUAGGGAGCAUGAAGAUGGAAUUAUUCACAAGUGUAGGCGGUUGUUUCAACAAUUUGUUGUUGAUUGUUUCACGAUGAUUGAGUCCCAAAGGUUGUAUGAGAUUAGAAUGAAGCAAAGUACAAUUAGAGGAGAAGUUCUUCAAGGAAUAGAGGAGGCUAUGCGUCGUGGUGAUGAUGAGGCUUCUUCAAUUGGGACACGAAUUAUUUUACCUUCCUCCUUUACUGGUGGUAGACGUUAUAUGUUUAACCGUUGUCAAGAUGCGAUGGCAAUUUGUAAACAUUUUGGCUAUCCAGAUUUAUUCCUCACUAUUACAUGUAAUCCAAAUUGGCCUGAAUUCCAGCGGUUCACAGAGCGAGAGCGAAUUCCCAUCGCUGAUCGUCCUGAUAUCUCUUGUCAUGUUUUUCAUGCCAAGUUGAAGUGCCUCCUUAGCGAUCUCAAGGAAGGUGUAUUUUUUGGUCCACUUAAUGCAGGUAUGUAUACUAUUGAGUUCCAAAAAAGAGGUCUACCUCAUGCACACAUGUUACUCUGGCUUAAUGGAGAAAGCAACUUACAAAGUGUUGAAAUUGUUGAUGAAUUCAUUUGUGCCGAGCUACCCAAUCCACAGAAAUUUCCAUCUCUUUAUAAUGUCGUCACCAAGUACAUGAUCCAUGGUCCCUGUGGUGCACUUAGACCGAGUUCUCCUUGCAUGAAAGAUGGUAAGUGCUCAAAAUUUUAUCCAAAAAGAUUCGUUGACCAUUUUGAUGAAGAUGGGUAUCCAAUAUAUAGACGUCGUAAUAUGGGUGUGACGGUGAAAAUCAAUGAUGUCGAUAUUGACAACAGAUUUAUUGUGCCAUAUAAUCCACUGUUGUUAAUGAAAUAUCAAGCUCACAUAAAUCUUGAGUUUUGUAACAAGUCAAAUGUCAUUAAGUAUCUUUUUAAGUAUGUUAAUAAGGGUCCGGAUCGGGUGACUGCAACUGUUGGAGAAAGAUAUGAUGUUGGUGAAUCUUCUCAGGUGGUUGAUGAGAUCAAACAGUAUUAUGAUUGUCGUUAUUUGUCACCUUCUGAAUCCAUGUGGAGAAUUUUUGCUUACGAUAUUCAUCAAAGAUGGCCGUCGGUACAGAGGUUGACUUUUCACUUGCCAAACCAGCAACAUGUUGUAUUCGAUGAUGCUGAUAGCACUACUCAUGUUUAUUUGCGCAACAGAGAUUUGCUUACGAUGUUUACGGGUUGGAUGAUGGCCAACAGGCGGUUCACGGAGGGGCGGUCUCUAACAUAUGUUGAAUAUCCAGGUAAAUUUGUAUACUGUUUGAAGAGCAGGGAAUGGAAACCAAGACAGAGGGGAUUCUCUAUUGGAAGACUGAGUUUUGCUCAUCCCUCAUCCGGUGAACUUUUCUACAUGCGGAUGCUUUUGAAUGUGCAGAGAGGUUGUACCAGUUUUCGAAGUAUAAGAACUGUGAAUGGUGUUACUUAUGAUACAUUUCAAGAGGCAUGUUCUGCCAUGGGUUUCUUGAUAGAUGAUAACGAUUAUGUUUCUGCUAUUAAGAAAGUCGCCGAGUUAGCGUCAGCUGCACAGUUAAGGAGGCUUUUUGUGAUCUUGCUGCUAUCUGGUUCCAUGGGAAGACUUCUAUCAGUUUGGGAGCAAACUUGGGCUUAUUUGUCUGAUGAUAUUCUUUAUCGCAGAAGACAUGAGCUACAAUACCCUGAUCUAACUAUGAGUCAGGAUGAGUUACAAAUGUUUGGUUUGUUGGAGAUUGAGAAACUAUUGCAGAGUAAUGGAAAAUCAUUGAGAAAUUAUGCUGGUAUGCCGGUUCCUGAUAACUCUUUAGUCUCUCAAUUUAGCAAUUUGAUGCUACUACGUGAGUUACAGUAUGAUACUGUUUCUUUGUCUCGGGAGCAUGAUGCAAAUAUAUUAAAGUUAAAUGAGGAACAGAGGGUGGUCUACGAUAAAGUUAUUGAUUGUGUUUUGAAUAAGAGACAUGGAUUCUUUUUUGUGUAUGGGUUUGGUGGCACUGGAAAAACUUUUUUAUACAGAGUUUUGUCAGCUAGAUUACGAUCUGAGAAAAAGAUUGUUAUUAAUGUUGCUUCUAGUGGUAUUGCUUCUCUGUUGUUACCGGGUGGUAAGACAGCACAUUCUAUGUUCAAUAUUCCUGUUGAGCUUACUGAAAACACUGUUUGCCGGAUUAAGAAGGAUAGCUCAAAGGCUGAGGUAUUUUGA